AUGGUCUACGGCCUGCGAAAAAUCCGAGCCCAUCAGUCUUGGGAUCCGAAAUUUUUCAAAAAUAUCAACUUUUUGGACAUUUUCAGCUACUGGAAGAUACACAUGGAGUAUGUUGCUACGUGGCUUAUGCAUUCAAAUGAGUUUAGGAGUUUGCCAAAUCAUGAAAAGCUAGCAAUUUUCAAGACGGUCUGGGCAAUAUGGAGAAGAUUUGAGCGAUAUGCCAUGUCGGCGGAAAUAUUUGGAAAACGGUGUUAUGAGGAAAAAAUUAUAGUACAUUCGGACGAUUCUGCAUCAAAAUUUGGGGAGCUUUAUGUUGAUUAUUCUUUGGUGUCAGAUAAAGGAUUUGAGAAAAUUAGGAGUGUUCUCGGAGGAAGGCUAAUCAAGUACUUUGACAUAAUUGUCAAGCCAUAUUUGGAGCUUAACCUCACUGAAACUGAAGUCACCUACAUCCUAUGUCAAAUUGUUUGUAAUUAUGCAGGAAGACGACUUCAAGGACAAAUCCAGGCGGCUGGAGAGCGAUUUUUAGAGGAAAUUUCUGAUAAUUUGCAUAGUUACUAUAAAAACUUAAGGGAAAAAUUUGAAAAUUACGCGUUAAGAUUAGCGAAAAUGAUGCAAAUUGUGAAUCAAAUGUUGAAUAUCCAGCUGAAAAGCAAGAACAAUAUGGAUGUGGCAAUGCUCUUUGACAUGUUCAACAUUAUUUUUACGGACCCCGACUUUUUUCGGGUUCAGUGA